CACGGAGGGAUUGACCUCACCAUCAUGCGAUAUGAAGUAACCAGAGAUCUAACGGCGACACACAUCGGACCAUCGCCAGAAACCCAUAUGAUUCACACUUGUUCAUAACGAAAAAUACGGAAAAAGUGAUUGGAAAAGCAGCCGCCUGUUUCUUCGCUCGAUGAACAGAUUACCUCCGGCUUAACUAAUGCGUUCCUGUAAAUAAGUUAAAGAGCGGCAUCCUUUUAUCUGAUGUAAAUAAAUGCUCAAUUGUAAGUUCUCCAAAGACUCCAGAAGUGUGUUUUCGGAGCUGAGAAUGUUCGAGACCAAAGGAAUCUUCAGUAUUUGUGUGGAUGUCGGCUGUCUGCUGCUCGCUGGACUUCCAUUUGCGAUAUUGAAUAUUCAGCACACGCCGUUCAAAAGAGGCUUUUUCUGCAGCGAUGACUCCAUCAGGUACCCCUUUAAAGAAGAUACCAUAUCCUACCAGUUACUGAUGGGAAUAAUGAUUCCAUUUGCACUGUUCGUAAUAAUCUUCGGUGAGUGUUUUUCCAUAUAUCUGCGGUCCAGAGCUUCCCUCAGUUAUGAGUAUGUAGCGUGUGUGUACAAGGCCGUGGGAUCUUUCGUGUUUGGAGCGGCGUUGAGCCAGUCGCUGACCGACAUCGCCAAAUACACCAUCGGCCGACUGCGGCCGCACUUCCUGACUGUGUGUAAACCGCACUGGAGCCUCAUUGAUUGUAAAUCUGGUUAUAUUGAAAACUUCACAUGCACAGGAGAUCCAGUCAUCGUCAAUGAAGGCCGACUUUCCUUUUAUUCUGGUCACUCAUCAUUCUCCAUGUACUGUAUGCUGUUCCUCGCUCUGUAUCUCCAGUCUAGACUGAGAGCAGGUUGGGCUCGAUUGGUUCGGCCGACUCUCCAGUUCUCUUUCAUCGCCGCGUCUCUUUACGUGGGUCUGUCACGCGUCUCUGAUUAUAAACACCACUGGAGUGACGUUCUCACUGGACUCAUACAGGGAGCCGCCGUGGCACUGUUUACUGUGUUCUUUGUAUCCGAUCUGUUCAGCAACAAACGCACGUCAAAUAAAGACGAGGAGAUCUCGCACACAAGUCUUCAGGAGACGUCAGAUCCACCAAACCACUACGGCAGCACAGAGUGACACAGAACGCACUGUGUAUGGAAGGAGUCGCAGUGGAUUUUCCACUCUUACAGUAACAUGCAAUCCCAUUCAUGUUUAAUAAUAUUACAGGGGAAAAGGUCAUUUUUUACAAUGCACAGAUGUAGAUGGACAGUGGCAGCACAACAAUAUUUUCAUAUAUACUCUACGCAGUUACUGCACUGAAUGUGGCAGUGUGACAGUUUAGCUUCCAUUUCAGAACUCAUGGGUUUUUUUUAUGUAUUAAUGUAGUGCCAGUGAAUCAUGGAUAUCAUUGGGAAUGGUGCAGUACAAGACCACAGAACGAAAACAUUCCCAUCAUGCCACUAAAUGUUGAAAAUAUUGAGCUUUUGCUGCAGUGCACUCUAGACAGUGAGUGUUUCAGAUAGAAACGUCCUACUGGGCUUUCAGGAAUCCAGUUUGCUGUUUUCCCACUUGAUUUCAAAAUGACACGGGUCUUUCAACAACCUCAAAACAGAUCAAAAUAAAGCUUCUUCGUCGGCAAUGAUGGUUUCAUGAAGAACCUUUAACAUUCACAGAACCAUUCCAUUGCAUUAUAGUGGAAAAAGGUUCUUUAGAUUAUUAAAUUAUUCUUCACAUUAAGAAAAGACUCCAAACCAGUCUUAAGUAGCACAUAUUUGUAGCCAAAAAUACAUUGUAUGGGUCAAAAUUAUUGUUUCUUUUAUGCCAAAAUCAUUUGGAUUUUAAGUAAAGAUCAUGUUCCAUGAAGAUAUUUUGUCAAUUUCCUACCAUAAAUAUAUCAAAACUUAAUUUUCGAUUAGCAAUAUGCAUUGCUAAGCACUUAAUUUGGACAAAUUUAAAGGCGAUGGGUCACAAAUGGUUCUUCUAUGGCAUUGCUGUAACCUUUAUUUUUAGAGCGUAUGCAUCUAUCAAACAAUCCAGCAUUUCUGUUAGAUAAUAUGAGCGCUGUAUAAAGUAUACAUGUCUUAUUUCACCAAGGUUGUUUAAAUGUUAAAUGAAAACUUACAACCAGUGGAUUGUAUACUUGACUGUAAGACACUUUAUUUCUAUGGUUUACAGUUGCUUGAACAAUUUUUUUUUACAUUUUGUGUCAAAUCGUCAUACGAAAAGGUGAGAAGGUAUGGGCCAAAUAUGAGCAACCAAAGUGUCUCAUUGCAUUUAAUUCAGUUGAUGCAAAUGGUUAUUUUAUUGUUGUUUUUUAGUUAACUUUGCUUUUUUUCAUUUUCGUUAUUUCGAAUUUAUGGUGAGACCACAAGCUGUAAAUAUCCAAGCACUUGAAUAACAAUUUUUGCCUUUAAUAGCUUUAUAUGUAACUUUGUAUGUAUCAUAUACAAAAUAAUUUUCUUUUUGCUGCUUUAUUUUAAAUUCAUUGGCAGCUGUGCUAGUGCGAACCAAUGAAACAUGGUACUGUAAAGGAUUUUCUUGCAAUUAAAGCUCUGCCAGACCAA